CCGAAGAAAUUACUUCUCUCAACCUCUCUCCGAUCCUCUCAAUCCGAUCUCUCUCUCUGCUAUCUCGCUCUCUCUCUGUAUCGGUAUGAGAAUUCAGAAGAGAACUCUCCUCACUCCUCAGUAGUUUACCAGAGAUCUCAAGGUUCGGUUAAACACACGCUCCGUGUAUGUACUUUUCUCAAAUCUAUGAUACUCACAAUUUAAAAAAAAGUUGUUUUGUUAACCCCCUAACCAUAUUCAGUUAAAAAACUGUACAAAUGACUUUUCUUUACUCAAAGUGUGAAUUAUAAGAAUUGUACAGUUAGAACCGUAAAUGUGAAAUGGUAAUGAAAAGAUAAAUUGUGAAAGUGUGAAAAAUUUUUGAGUAUUGAAUUUAAGUGAUGACGUAAACUCUAGUUUUUUGGCAAGAAAAGAUGCUGAAUUGGAUUCAUAUCUUUAUCUGUCUCUCAAUGGGAACAUUCGCGGAGCAAGUGUGGCCCCUGCAUGAUCCUGGUGGGUCUAUUCGUCAAGUCAUUGCGUGUGCUCCGCACCCCUUAAACAUGAGUUGCCCUGGGGAUUCUACAAUACAAAUCCACAAUGGAAACUACGGUAGAUUUACCAUCACCCUCUGUAACGACCAGGGAGCCCAGAACUGGUCGGUAAACUGCUACAUGAGCGAAGCUGUCUCACUCAUGCGCAGUGAAUGUAACGGGAAAUCAUCAUGCGCAAUUGCCGCUGAAAGUUUUGCGCACAGGACGGAUCCGUGUUCUGGCACGCAGCGCUACCUGGAAGCACAUUAUACCUGUACUAAAAAGACAGGUGGUUUGGUAGCUACCCCUCCAUGGAUGAAACUAGGCUUCCAGGAUAAAGGAGGGAGGGUUCCUAUAACAGCUCCGCCUACAACAACAACAACAACCACAACAACUACAACAAAAACUACAACAACAACGACAGCCACAACCACAACAACAAGAUAUGUAACAACAGCUUCUACCUCUACUACAACAUUAGAUAAGAGUUUAGUGACUAGAGACUAUAAAUAUUCCUCCUCUUCUGGUGCUAGGAUAAACCAACCUGUUUCCGGUCUUAAUCCUCCUCAGGGGGUUCUCCAGGUACCACAAACUACAGAGGGAGAAGGAUCUAGACCUAGAACCGGAGCUAGAGUUCGGGAUGAUUUUAUCCCAGAGCUCCGGGAUAUUACAACAACUACACAAAGAAUUCCUGUUCCACUGAGCGAGGUUUGGUGUGAACCUGAGGUUCGGAGAAAUAUUCUCUGGCCUGGGUCUAGAAUAGAGACGGUGGCCAGGGUUCCAUGUCCUUCUGGAACCCUGGGAACCGGGAGAAGAAGAUGUUCCGUCCAGGGUUGGGAAGCGCCACUGCUUGUCGAAUGUUCCUCCAACUGGUUGCUAGCUCUGGUGUCAGAACUACCAUUUACUCCGGAUACAUCAUCCCUCACUCUCACCCUGCACACUAACAUACAGAGGCUGAACCUGUACGGUGGGGAUAUCAAGGUUAUCUUGGAGCUAGUGGAAACGAGUCUUCAGCGCUGGAAACUCAAGAAGAAUAUGUUCCAAGGACGGUUUAGAGAUCAAUCUCUUUCUCAGUUUUCUCAGGUUCUUAGUUUCCUACUGGAGCGGGAAUCCCUGGCGGCGUGGAUGGAUUUAUCUCCGACCAGCUUCGAGGCCCUGAGAACUAGGCUUUUAGAGGUGCUACAGGAGCUUUGUCUCAGCUUGUACCCUGUGAAUCCAACUCUGAUCCGCUCCUCUCUCCACCUGGACCCGGAGAGCUUGAAACCUGGGGCAGAACCUUAUUCUUUCAUUUUUCCUAACUUUGAGUGUCGACUAUCCUUGGUACCAAGUUCAACCCCGUGGAGCUGGACGGAGAAGGACCCGGAGCAGGGUUCAGAACCAACCCUUCUCCUCGGAGCAGAUUCAUAUUCCCUCUCCGUCUCAUCAUCUCCAUUCAUAGAUUCAAUCUCAACCAAUUCAUCCGUUCUGGCAGUCCUAGGUGUCACAAGGGUAGAUACAAUCUUCUCAGUUCCAGAACAAUCCAAACAUAUCUCACAUGUAGAUGCUCCGCCGUCUGAGCAGAUAAAGCUGGUGACACGUAUUGUUUCCAUCUAUUCUGGGUCUGUUAAAAACCGGUUUGUGACGCAGGCGGUCAACUUCACCUUAGCGCAUACCAUACCCGGAGAUACUGUACAUAAGCGUUGUGUACACUGGGACCUGCAGCGGCAAGGUUGGACCUCUAGUGGAUGUACAACAAUACAAACGAAUCUUAGUCAUACAUCCUGCUCAUGCCAGUACAUAUCUACGUACACUGUACUGCAGGAUACACCAGGACAUCAGGACCUAGAGAUGAUCUUAGUUAUAAUCCUGGUUUCAACCUUGUCCCUCCUCCUGGUCCUUCUAACCAUAGGCUGCCUGGUCGUCUGGAGACGGUCUAAGGGGAAGGGGGGUGCCCGCUCCUGUCUCUGGUGCUGUAAACCCCAAUCUACCUCCUAUUUAAGGGGGUCCACCUCCUCACAUACUACACAUACAACCUUCUCCUACAUUAAUAAUCAUGAAACCGGUUUGGACGUUGAUGGAUCAGAGGAUUUUGCUUGUCUGGAAGAUCCAGGGACUGUGUGUCGGAUACAUCCAGGCUACUCUACAUAUAAACCAGGAUCCCGACCUCGAGGUUUCAGUUCUCACUCCCUCUACCUCCAUCCUCUUGACCUCCAGCAAACCGGAGACCACCGAUCUGACCUCCGUCAAGGUGAUCUUGAACAACAAGCUGACCUACUCUCAGGGAUCUCAACGCCGGAGCGACCGAUUCUUAGAAGAAACUGGUCAAAUCACUGCUCUAACCCAUCAGGUCAUGUAUAUGCUGAACCUGAAAGUUUACAAUAUGAACCAACGGAUUCAGGGUUCACUGAGGAAUGGAGUGAUCUAACUUCGGACAGAAAGGAGGAAAGUAUAUACACAAGCAGCAGUUCAAGUAAUACAGGAUUAGUAGCUGAGGAGACUCAGGAGCAGAGUAAAUUUCGAACCCAUAGGCUUAUUCUAGAACAGAUGGAAUCCAAGUCUGGCGUGUACACUGUAGACCCCAAUCUAUACUCUGUUGGCGGGAACACGAUGUACUCAAUAGACCCCAAAUCUGGAGUGUACACUGUGUCCCGGCCCGGAGAAACUCGUGGAAGAUGUGCACGUGGCGAGGGAUACCUGCGAGGGAAAGGAGAGGGAAAGGGAGAGGGUCGAGGGAGAACUAUGAGAACGAGGGAGGAAAGAGGAAAAAAUAUUCAAGGAUUCCAUUCUCUGGGUAGAAGGCAGGACCAGGGGUUGAGAGGUUCGGAGACGAGACAGCAAACCAGAAAUAAUGUUUAAACAAGGUUGUGAAUUAUGACUUGUAAAAGGUCAAAAGUUAGUGAAAUUAAGAACAAAAACUUUC